UAGCAGUCUCUCAUGCGAUUCUGCUACUGUCAGCCAUAUCCAAUUAGAAAUUCUGUUUUCACUCGCAUGCCACCAACUUUCACGUCUCCCAUUGAGUACGGACAACUUCACUCGCAUGCGAGAAGCAACAGGCGACGUAUCGGCUCUGAAUUUCUCUCCACGCGACAAAUUUCACUUCGGGUUGAUAGGUUGUUGCGGGGAGAGUGCGGGGCCGGCGGGCGUGUUUCAUUCAACAGCGCCGAGCCGACGAGUUGCGAAUUCAACAGUUUGUCGUGCCUGUCCCGGCCGCCCGCCGAUGUCACAUGCAACACGGCCGAGAGCAGCGCGCCGAGUUGAAUGCCACCCCGUGCACAGUCGUUCACAGUCUCUGUUCAGCAGUUGUCCGUGGUGGAAUGUGAUUUAUUCGCUUCCAGCGUUCGACUUCGUGCGGUUGAGUUUUCCUCCGAGAGUUUCUGCGAGUUUUCUUGGCCGAGCAGGAAAAUGGCAAAGUGCGCUCCUUCCCUUGAUCGCGUUGAUAACCUCUGCGAGGGGCGGCAGUGAGUGUCGGGAGCGCCGUCUUCCCGUUGCGGGCAUUGUGCAACCAACGAUUUUCAUGGAUUUCCUGUCGCGUUGAUAGCGAUCGUGCGACCGCGUCGCGAUCCCUGUGGAUUUUCGGCCUUUGUGCAGCGGCGACCGCGGCGAGUGCGCCCAGAGUUUAAUGGCCUGCGGGCGACCCAAGUUCCAAUAAGAGUGUCGGGUGGCGCGCGAGCAACCUGUUAGCGGCCGUGGUGGAUGUUCCGUGCGCGCAGCGAGCAGCGCCCGCUAAGGAGGUCUGACCGGGCCUGGUGUCGUUCGGGCGAGGAUCUGCCCGGACCCGUGUAUCCGCACGACCCCGAGUGCAUCGAGUGACGGACCGUGCGUGCCGCCGCCUCUCUUCGGGCCCGCGCCGCGCAAGCGAGGGAAAUUUGGAAAUUCUCUUUUUAUCAGUGGCCGGCGAGCGAGCGAGAGUGGAGUGAUCGCGGCUGGCGCUCGGACAGUUCUUAUCGCCGUUUCCCGCGGCAAAGUGUAUUCUGGCUCCGGCCCGCGGCUGAAUUCGCGUCGUCGUGAACGUUCCGAGUCGAUUGCGGCAGUGAUCAGGGGACUCGCACGCAAGUGUCGCGAGGAGUUGUGGAGUUGCGUGUGUUGAGUUGUGGCGGCGGAGGUGGAUGUGUAGCGCGCGAUCGCGUGGUGAACAAGGCAACAGAGUGUUAGCAGCGAGCGGUGCAACUGUCGCACUCGCACCCGCCCGAUCGCAUCACACAACCGUGUUGCAAUCAACUCUCGGUGCACGGAAGUGUCGCGUUGAUCUGUGGACGGGCGAUCGUGGCCGCUUGCAGAACAGUAGAGGGAAAUUUUUUUCCUUUCGCUCGACGUGUUUUGACGUUUCUCCGUGGAAUGUGAGAAAGAAGAAAGAUUUUCCGAUCAAUAGAUACAUCUCAGUAAAACGACUGGAAAUCCUUUGGAACUAAUCCCGUUUUGAAAUAAUUUAAAUGAACAUUUGCCAUUCCAAUGUGACCAUAGUAAAAUCUACAUUACGACUAGAAAAUUUCAGAAAAGAACGAUACGUAAAACUAGUGGCAGUGAAGUUGGCACCAACGGAAAAUAUCUAAUAAAAUUCUCCAUUUUAGAUUCAAUUCGAAAUUAAAUAGAAUUUUACGAUCAUAUUCUAUCCGCCAAAAUCAUCAUUAAAAUUCGACGAUAUUUACAAAAAUUACAUCAAUAAAAGUCGGUUUUUUUCCAAUCGCCUGAAAACUUUUGGGUUUCGGUUUAAAUAUUUUUUCCGGUAUAGAUUUCAUGCAUCAUUUGGUGUCGUUUUAAAAUUUAAAUUUCCCGAAAAAAAUCUUUUCCUCGUAUCUAAAGUUCAUCGUAUGUAUCUUGUGUUAAGUUGGGCUUCAGCAAGUGAUACAGUAGAAAGCAGUGGGUGUUUGUGAAUGUGAAAAUCACUUUUUUCAAUUUCUUCUUUUCGAUCGUGUUUUGCGUGAGUUUCAAGGAAGAUUGAUGGAUUAAAUUUCGUUGCAAGGAGAAACGAGCGAAGCGAAAAUUCACCGAUUGGGACAUUAACACAUGCGGGAAAAUACUAUUCAUAGGAGUCGCGCCGAUCGGCCCCGCCCUAGGGGGCCAUGACGCGUUGGCCCUUUAAGCUGCUCCUACUGCUCUCGGUGGCAGCAGCUCUUGUCCCGAGUGUCAACACGUAUCGCGAUCGCGAUAAUCGUACAGUACUAACAGUUGGCUAUCUAACGGCCAUCAAAGGAGAGAUGAAGGAUAAGCAAGGACUUGCUAUAUCGGGAGCUCUGACGAUGGCUUUAGAUGAGAUUAACAACGACAAAAAUCUUCUGCCAAAUGUUAAAUUAGAACUACGUUGGAAUGACACUCGGGGCGAUACUGUCCUAGCUACCAGAGCUAUGACUGAAAUGAUCUGUGAUGGAAUUGCAACAUUUUUCGGUCCCGAAGGUCCUUGCUAUGUUGAAGCUAUUGUAUCACAAAGUCGAAAUAUUCCAAUGAUUUCAUAUAAAUGUUCCGACUAUAUGGCAUCAUCCAUACCAACAUUUGCCAGAACUGAACCUCCAGAUACACAGGUUACCAAAUCUGUGAUUUCACUCCUUCGCUACUAUGGCUGGAAGAAAUUCUCAAUCAUCUACGAAGGAAAUUGGGCCACCGUUGCAAAAUCAUUGAAACAACAAGCCAAAAAGAAAAAUAUGACGAUAAACCAUAGCGAAGAAGUAACGAAUAAUCAUAAAUGUUGUGAAAAUUUUAUGGAAUGCUGUCGUAGUGGAUACUGGUACCAGGUGAUUCAAAAUACAAUGAAUCGGACACGGAUCUAUGUGUUUUUGGGUACAGCAAAUUCUCUCGUAGACAUGAUGGCUUCCAUGGAAUCUGUGCAACUCUUCGCUAAGGGCGAAUAUAUGGUCAUAUUCGUUGAUAUGAUGACAUAUUCGCCAAGGGAAGCACAGAAAUAUCUAUGGAAACCGGAUAACUUACAAAAAAUUAAAUCUUGUUCGGAUAAGCCAGAAAUGUUCUUAAAGCGUGCCCGUAGCUUAUUAGUUGUAGUCUCGACACCGCCAACGAACAAUUAUGAAAACUUCACUGAAAAAGUUCGUGAAUAUAAUACGAAGGAGCCAUUUAAUUUCUCUUUACCAAUGUUAUUUUCUAAUAAUAAUUAUAUUAAGUUUAUAUCUAUAUACGCCGCCUACCUCUAUGAUUCCGUUAAACUUUACGCCUGGGCGUUAGAUAAGCUACUGCACCAGGAGGAGAGACCAUUAACGGAUGACGUGAUAUAUGAUGUAGCUAGUAAUGGAACUAGAAUUAUUGAAACUAUUAUUAAAAAUCGUACUUAUAAAAGUGUUACGGGCGCAACAAUUAAAAUCGAUGAGAAUGGCGACUCGGAAGGAAACUUUUCGGUGCUUGCGUUGAAACCAUCACGAGAAAAUUUCAGUUGUAAUAUGCAAAUGGUACCUGUUGCAUAUUUUCAACAGGGAGACGAUUUUCCAGAAUACAAAUUGAAAAGUGGAUCGAUACGAGUUGAGUGGCCUGGCGCGGAACGGCCCUUCGACGAGCCAAUGUGCGGGUUCAUGAAUGAACUUUGCGAAAAGGAUGAUCGUCAUAUAACAUCUAUGGUUGCAGCUGGCGUAUUAGCCGUAGUGCUGUUUUGUGCUGGUGUCAUAGCGAUGAGCAUCUAUCGAAAGUGGAAGAUCGAACUGGAAAUCGAAGGCUUACUAUGGAAGAUAGAUGCAAGUGAGAUAAAAGGAUACUUUGGGAACGAUAUUGUAUCGUCGCCAAGUAAGCUAAGCUUAGCCAGUGCCGCAUCAUACGGUUCGCGCUGUUCAAAUCAAGUGUUUACAACGACCGGACGUUUUCGCGGUGUGGUUGUUCGCAUCAAGGAAUUGAAAUUUUCACGUAAAAAGGAUAUCUCACGUGAAAUAAUGAAGGAGAUGCGCUUAUUGCGUGAACUACGUCACGAUAAUGUGAAUAGCUUUAUAGGAGCAUGUGUUGAGCCAAUGAGAAUUUUACUAGUCACCGAUUAUUGUGCCAAGGGCAGUCUCUAUGAUAUAAUCGAAAAUGAAGAUAUUAAAUUAGAUGAUCUAUUUAUUGCAUCACUUAUACACGACUUAAUUAAGGGAAUGAUUUAUAUUCAUGAUUCUUCGCUAGGAUUCCAUGGAAAUUUAAAGUCAUCGAACUGUGUAGUGACAUCACGAUGGAUGUUACAAGUUACCGAUUUCGGUCUACAUUCAUUACGGCAUUGUGCUGAAAGUGAAUCAAUUGGAGAACAUCAACAUUAUAGAAAUUUAUUCUGGAAAGCACCCGAGCUACUACGCUAUCCAAAUAUUUAUGGUACACCAAAGGGCGAUGUUUAUGCAUUUGCAAUUAUUUUAUAUGAAAUUAUAAGCCGUAAAGGACCAUUCGGACAAACAGGCUAUGAACCAAAGGAAAUUGUUGAAUUAGUUAAGAAAGCACCUGAACCCGAACAACUACCAUUUCGGCCCGAUUUAGACUGUAUUGUGGAAAGUGAUAAUUGUCCGGAUUACGUGAUAAAUUGUAUUAAAGAUUGCUGGGAUGAGGACCCAAAUGCACGACCAGAUUUUCCAACAAUAAGAACACGUUUAAAGAAAAUGCGUGGUGGAAAAUCGAAAAAUAUCAUGGAUCAAAUGAUGGAAAUGAUGGAAAAAUAUGCAAACAACUUAGAGGAUAUCGUAAACGAACGAACACGUCUGCUAUGCGAGGAGAAAAAGAAAACCGAAGAUCUGCUACACCGCAUGUUACCACAAUCUGUUGCUGAGAAGUUAACAAUGGGACUAGGAGUGGAGCCAGUCUCUUUCGAUUCGGUUACCAUCUAUUUUAGUGACAUCGUUGGAUUCACAGCCAUGUCUGCGGAAAGUACACCGCUCCAAGUUGUUAAUUUCCUUAAUGAUCUCUACACAGUCUUUGAUAGAAUUAUUAAAGGCUAUGAUGUAUAUAAAGUGGAAACUAUUGGUGAUGCCUACAUGGUGGUUUCUGGAUUACCAAUCAAAAACGGUGUUCGUCACGUAGGCGAGAUAGCGUCCAUGUCCUUGGAACUACUAACUGCCGUUCGGCAACAUAAAAUUUCACAUAGACCAAAUGAAACACUAAAACUACGCAUUGGAAUGCAUACGGGCCCCGUGGUUGCAGGUGUUGUUGGAUUAACAAUGCCACGCUAUUGUCUUUUCGGUGAUACAGUCAAUACCGCAUCACGAAUGGAGUCGAACGGGGAAGCGUUGAAAAUUCACAUAUCUAAGAAGUGCAAAGAGGCUCUAGAUCGUUUGGGUGGAUACAUAACAGAGAGGCGUGGGCUGAUAUCGCUGAAGGGUAAAGGUGAGGUGGAAACCUAUUGGCUAGUGGGUGCUACGGAAAAGGCAAUUCAGAAAAAACCUGUUGAUCUUCAUGAUUUGCCACCGCCGUUAUUCUGUCGGCCCCGAAAAAGCCCAAAAUUAAAUAGUGAUUCCCGUCAGCCUAGCGUGAUUGGUGCACAUUAUUUCGGAGCAGGUAGCCGACGUCCGUCAAGCGUGCCACGAACUGAUGGUGCUGAGAGUACAAACAGCCUCCAAGGUUCCGUCCUUCACAUGCGAGAAUCGCCGCGUGCCCUUCAUCGAAAGAUCGAGCGAACCCCCCUCUACCUGAACAGCGAAAUACCAUCAAGUAGCAAUUGCAGCCAGAAUGGAAGCAUUGAAGGCAUUAACAACAUCAGCUGUCGAACCGGUGGCUCUCACAGCACUCUCGAUCACUCCGAAAUCCUGGAUAAUACAGCGUGUGAUAGCACGACGAACAGCUGUAACAAAAGACCCUCAGCAAUGGGGAGACCUCAACGCAGUCGCAAUUGGAGUGGGAGCGCAACUGGAGGAAGCAGUGCUGGUCUACCGAAUCACAAUGAAGUUGAUGCAGGCGAAACGGAUGAAGAUGACCCCGGUCAUAGUUUGAAUAAUGACAGAACUUCGGCAACAACAAGUGUGCCAAUAGUCGAUCCAAAGUUAGCUUCUGUAGCCACAACUCUCAGGGAAAGCCGAUCGCUCGAUCCGUUUCCGCAACUACGAAAACGUUUUGAAGCAAUCAAGGGAUCAAGUGAGAAAUUCCUGAAAAAUCACAAGCAUUCACGAUCACUGGACGAUGGAGAUGUUGCCUUGAUAAGUACCGACCCGAAUGCAACGGGAGAGGAUAUCGAUGGCGGUUAUCCCAGAGGUGGAGACGGCUUAGUGAUCAGCAGGAUUGGCGACAUGAUCGACAGCUGCAACCAAGUCACCAAUCAUAGCCGAAGCUCAUCUAUCAAACAUCUGAAUAACAACUGCAACGGAUCAAUUAACAUCGAGGAUUCUCAGCAGCCACUUCUUCGACAGGGAUCAUUAACGACCCCAACAGAUGAGAUAAACUGGCAAUCGAAGCGAUGGCAUUCACUGGAAACGAUGGGCGGGGUUGGAAUGCGAAAUAAUGGUGGCAAUGCGGGCGAUAAUAAUAGUAAUAGUAAAAAGGCGGCAAUGGGACGUGGUUCUAUUGCGACAUGGCUAGUGAAUAUAUUUCAUGGUAAUACGAUACGACCGAGUGAUACGUCCUCAACACGUGUUGGAAUUAUGCAAUCGGGUGUGCGCGGGAUGGCUGGAUUCGGUGAAAUUCCAUCGGCACCUGAACGUGAGAGUAUUGUUUAGACUUAUUUAAUUAUUCAUUAGGAGUUGAAUGUAAUCUUAUUAUUUUUUAUUUGUAAAUUUAUUAUUUUUUAGGAUGUUACUUUUUUAAGAGUAUGUUUGGGGAUUUUGUCGGCAUUGCGAAAUGUUUUUUGUUGUUUUUUUCUCUUUUUUUAUGGGCAUAUUUCUGAACCGCCGGUUUCUGAGGAGAGAGCCACGAAGCUAAGAACGUAUUAUUUAUUAGUUUGUUCUGCAUUCUUAGCUCCAAGAUCUUAAGUGAGUCGAAAGGGUACAUUUUAUUUUCAUACAUUUUAACAGACUUGAUUGAGUAAUGCUUCCCCGACGGGAGCAAUUAUUCAACCAUAAAGUCCUGGCAAAAGUAAGGAGGCAAAAAUGUAUGGCGACUGUAAUCGACUCUUGCUCCUAGCUUCAAUUUUAUCAGCAUCACCAUUUUAGUAUUUCCAAAGCAUUCGCUCACUUGCUUGGCAAUUUUUUUGAAACAUCUUGGAAACCGCAAAUUUUAAUGAGAGCAGCUGACAAAAACUCAACCAACUGAAAAUAUUGUUUAGUAAAUUUCGUAGAAGGAAAA